CAUCUAUUUAUAUACCCACGUCAACAGCAUAUAUUAACAGUUAAAGCUCACAAUUUACAGUUAAGAGACGACUUGGUACAUAUCAACAUCAUACACACAUCUUCUGAUCUAGACGCCGAAAGAUGGCAGACAAGAAAAAAGAAACAAUGACUCUGUACCACUACACAAGUAAGAAAGAUGCUCGGAAAAUAAAGGAAUCAGGUUACAUAAAGAAAUCGACUGAUACGCAAAAUGAUGCCACAUAUGGUCCAGGUACCUACUUGACUAGUUUGGGUCCAGAGAAAAGCCGGAGCGAAAUAGCGAGGAAUAACUACGACGGAUCCAACAAUCGUUUAGCAGAUCAAAAGAUGAAGGAGGGCAAAACGGAAGUGGCUAUAGCAGUUGACGUUCCCAAAAGUCAGUUUGUUAAGGUGGAUUCGGAUCGUAACGUUUAUAAAACAGAGGAUAAUGUCACAAUUACAGACAAGAAUCCCAGGUUUUUUGUCCGGGAUGAAAGCGGAAAGGCUAAGGAGUACAAACCCAAAAAGUAACCUUAUCCCUCACUGGUCUUUAUGAAGUAUUUCUUAUGUGUUUUGAAAUGCAUGAUUCAUUAAGAUUCGCUACUUUUAAAUUCGUGUCGUUAUAAUUAUAAAUAUUUCCUUUCAAUGUAUUGCGAUGACGUGUGUAGAUGAAAUAAUACGCCGACAGCAUCCUCGAUACUCCAGGGGUUAUGCUCACUUUCGCUCUCUUCACCCCUGGAAUAUGCCAUACCAAAAUUAUAGGCUCGCAGAUAGCUAUCUGAUUAGUCUCGGUAAAACAAAUCUGACUGACCACUAGUCUUAUACCUAUCCUUUAAAGAUUACGGAGGAGCGACACCCGACUUUAAAGCCAUCCGUUUUAUUAUCAAUAUUAUUUGAUUUUUUUUAUAUAAUCAUUUAUGAUUGACGUCAAUAGAACACAUCACAAAGGACUAGGGGUUCACAACGUGUCCUAUUAUACGCCCAAAAGACGUGCCCGUAGUGAUUUCUUAACACUGUGUUGUCUGCUUUUUGGAAAAACCAUGACAUGUUGAUUACGUGUCACUAUUCUGGUUUCAAGUUUCAUAACAAUCUGCUGAGUGGAAAUACCCGUAUCCUGCAGAUAUUAUCUAAUUUAAAGAGGAAGUACAUUUAUUUAUACACCAACGUCAUCAACAAAGAGAUUUAUCUAUCAAAAGACCACGUACUCCACACUGCUAAACAUAAAUACAGUGUAUAUCCUAAUCAAGCCAACAGCAUAUAACAGGAAAUAGCAGAUAUAGACACUCAAGGACAAGAUCUGAAAUCCAUAAAACUUCAAAAAGAAAUAUGUCUUGAAAACAAUUGAAAACAAGUAAAACUUAAACGUAUGUUUCCUAUCAAAUCCAAACACAUAUGUGGAAAACAGCGAUAUCAACCUGUUGAUUGUGUAUGAAGUUAAUUUAAUUCAAAAUACCAAUAAACGUGUGUGCAAAAUCUAA